UUUACGCAGGCCUUGCCACAUGAAUCGGAAAAUGGACUAAAUGAGGCUCUUAGAUUUAGAAAUCGUCGUUCUGCUGAGGACAACUCCAACGGAAAAAGCAACGAAAGUGAUAAUAAAGAUAAUGGAGCUUUGGCUAAUGCACCUUUCAAUGCUUCUAAUAUUAUUAAAGAGGUGGAGAAUGUGAUUCACUCCGUACAACAAGCAGUUGCGAAUGAAUUACAGACAGUUGCGAACAAAUCUUUGGAAAUCUGGAAAAACGUGAGAAAGGAAGUCGAACAGAAUAAAGAGCAUUGCAGCGAGAUCGUCCAUAACGCUACAGAAAUUUUGGGAAACCAUUUGAAUGAACUUAAGAAUGAAACCGCUAACGCUCUUGAACACGUAAGGGAAAUCGCCAAAAACGAGAUAAGCAAUGUCAAAGAUACGCUUGAACAUGCUUCCGAAAGCUUGAGAAAUGAUUUUGCAAAGAUUAGAAACGAUACAUCUGGCGUUGUGAAUGACGUCCAUGAAAAGCUCCAAGGACUUAUUAAAAGAGGUGUCGAGGCCUUGAAAAAUGCAACUAGUGAUUUAGAAAAUGCGGUAAAUGAAGCCAGGGACGAAGCUCACAAGAUUCUGGACGAUGUGAGGCAAGCUGCGUCGGAGGAUCUGCAAAAAAUCAGGGAACAGGGUGAAAAGCUUUUGCAAAAUGCGAAACAGGAUAUCCAACAAAUAAACGGAGAAGUGAUCAAUAUUGUGAAAAACGUAACAAACUCCUUGGCUAACUUGAGGAACGAGACACGUAAUAUUUUUACCAAUACUACGGAAACGAUAAGGAACGCGAUAAAACAGAUCAGAGACAGUGCCACGAGAAUCGUAGGCGAAGUUAUACAAGGUGUGAAUAAUACAGUGCAGGAAAUUAGGGAAGAAGCGCGCCAAAUUGCAGAAGAUAUUAAAGAAGAUGCCGGAGAGAUCAGAGAACAAGUUGGAAAAAUCGUAAAAGAAUUAGAAUCGAAUUUAUCGCAGGCCGUCAAUCAAACUACCACUGCUUUACACAAAGCUGCAGAAAAUCUUAGAAACGAAUUCGAGCAAGCCAUUGAUGAUAGUUUGAAGAUCGCGGGUCACAUAAGGGACAAUAUAUCGUCUUUUAUUGAAAAUUUAAAGAAUACUACAUCCAACAUCAUUGACAAUGUUAAAAAUAAUAUUGCCAAAAUCAAGUCUCAAACUGGAGAAUUAUUGAAGAACGUCACACAACAAUUCGAACAGCACAUGAAACAGGCAGAGGAAGACGUCUCCAAAGCUGUGAGUGAUAUUAAAAACAAAGUGGAAGACAAAGUUCAUGAGAUUGAGGAUAAAAUUAAUGAUAUAGAACAAGAAGCUUCGCAAGUGAAAAACGCCAUCGGAGAAACAGUGAAGGAAAUCGUAAAAAAUGUUACCAAUGUUGUCGGCGAUUUGGAAGAUGCCGCAAAACAUACAUUGGAAGGUGUUAGGAACCGAACUCAUGAGCUUGUGAACAAUUUGAGAAAUAUCACGGAAGAGAAAGUAAAGGAAGUGAUACAGGAGACCGGGAAAAUCGUACAAGAGGCGAAAAAUAAUACUGAAGAGAUUGCGAAUAAAACGACCAACGCUUUGAAAAACAUAGCGUCCGGACUGAAGAACGAAACUGAUCAACUCAUUAAACAUUCCAAAGAGAUUAUCCAUGACGUAAUUAAUCAUACUAAAGAACAAAUUGCAAAUAUCACACAAAAUGCUAGAAACGUUACGCAACACGCUGUAGAGGAAGCUAAAAAAUUGGGUACCGAAUUUGCGGACAAUGUAAGGAAUGCCAUCAACAGUGUUAAAAACGAUGUUCACUCUGUGAUACAAAAUGUAGCGAACGAAACCAAAAAUAUCGUCGGUAACAUUAUUGAAAACAUUCAUAAUAUUGCUCAAGGAGUUCAUAAUAUCACUUCCGGCAUCGUCGAAAAUGUGAAAGAUACAAUAAAGAAUGGAGUGAAUUCUGCGGAGGAUAACGCAAAGAAAGCGAUGCACGGAGUCGGCGAUACAAUACACAACGUUGUCGGCACAGUACACAACGCUACGAAUAAUGCGAAACACACAAUUGGGAAUAUCAUAGGCAAUGUAAACAAUGGAAUAAAAGAUACAAUUGGAAGCUUUGUUAAUCAUCAACCUAAGGUAAAUAUAAAUUUUUCAAAUUAAUACGAUGUAUGUACUAUACGAAGAUAUUUGAAUAUUAUGUAAUAUUUUACAUUAUAAAAAUUC